GGCUGGGCAGGGGUAUUGAGCGGACAGUGGAGGCUAAAUUAUUUAGGGGCUUCCACUCACCGAGCAGGGGUUCGCAUUGUCUCAUCAACAACUGGAACAACAAGCUUCAAAACACGUCAACCUUAAAAAAGUGCCCAAUAAGGAACGGGGGUGUUCCGGUGAGAAUCCAAAGUCAAUGGCAAAGUAAAAAAUAAAAAUAAAAAUAAGUACGGGCGUUGAAUCAAAGCUUGAAGCCUCACACCCAGCGGAUGCUACGUGGUUCUGGGAAGGACACGGUGAGCGAGAAGAUUCGAAGUUGUGAGGCCGGGUUGGGGUAAAACUCUGGAAUAGGGAUCUGUUCACCCCAUUGUCGAGACUGAAUCGGCAGCCUGUGGGAAAAAAAUGGCGAGACCUACGGCGAAGCCGGGGAAGGCAUCGCCCUCGUCAUCAGCGACACCCCCAACACCCUCACUCCUCGCCUCCUUCUUCCACCGCUCCGCUCCGCUCUACGUCUCGGCAGCCCUCCUUCGCGUGGUAUUCCUCCUUUACGGCCUCUGGCAGGAUGCCAAUUCGCCUGUCAAGUACACCGACAUCGACUAUCUCGUCUUCACCGAUGCCGCCCGCUUCGUCGCCCGUGGCCAAAGCCCCUACGAGCGGGAGACAUACCGCUACACGCCCAUCCUAGCCUGGCUGUUGCUGCCCACCACCCAGACGACAGGCAACCCGAUGGUAGAUGCCGCGUUGUUUAGCUCGGGCAAGGUGCUGUUUGCUGCCGCGGACCUGGUGGCUGGGUGGCUGCUGGAGCGCGUGCUAGCAAAAUCCAUGGACGGCGCCUCGGCGAGGAAAUUUGCAGCUAUCUGGCUGCUGAAUCCCAUGGUAGCUACCAUCAGCACGCGAGGGAGCUCGGAGGGCUUGCUGGGAGUGCUGGUUAUGGCGCUGCUGUCGGCAGUGAUGUCGAGACGGAUCACGCUGGCCGGCCUGCUGCUUGGAUUCAGCGUGCACUUCAAGAUCUACCCCUUCAUCUACGCGCCGGCGAUCGUCUGGUGGAUGGACGCGGAUAGGAUGAGCAAGACGCAACCUAGCAAGCAACCCGCAAAGCAACCCUCCCUCCUCAGCAAGCUCCUAGCCUUCGUCACCCCGGCCAGACUCCAACUCGCCGUCACCAGCCUCGCAACCUUCCUCGCCCUCAACUUCGCCAUGUACACCCUCUACGGCCCCCCCUUCCUCAACCACACCUACCUGCACCACAUCACGCGCAUCGACCACCGCCACAACUUCAGCCCCUACAACACGCAGCUCUACCUCGCCUCCUCGCCCUCCGCAGGACUGGGACAGGUGGACACAACCGCCCCAACGCUACGCAUCGAAUCCAUCGCCUUCCUCCCGCAGCUCCUCCUCGCCUGCGUGCUCAUCCCCCUCGCGACCGCCAAGCGCGACCUGCCGGCGGCCAUGCUCGCGCAGACGUUUGCCUUUGUCGCCUUCAACAAGGUCUGCACCAGCCAGUAUUUCCUCUGGUACAUGGUCCUCCUCCCGCUCUACCUCCCCCGCUCCUCCUUCCUGCGCAACAAGCGGCUCGGGACGGCGGCGCUGGCGCUGUGGGUGCUGGCACAGGGCGCGUGGUUGCAGCAGGGGUAUCUGCUGGAGUUCCUUGGGGAGAGCGCCUUCCUUCCCGGGCUGUGGGUCGCGUCGCUGGGGUUCUUUCUGGUGAAUUGUUGGGUUUUGGGGGUUAUUAUUGGGGAUGUGGGUGAGUGGUCUAGGUCUGGAGUGGUGGUUUAGAGAGAUUAGAGUGGUGG